AUGGUAAGUGGGAGAGGUAUUGAAUCGUUGGAUAGAUCUGGUGGGUUGGUUGGCGAGGAGCAACUACUGACUCAAGGUGUCAGUGUACUUGACAGUGAUCUCGAUAUAGUUUCCGUUGUUCCCAAGAUGAGAGGUGCCAGGAAAUUCAGGUUGGUAUCGUUUGUGGGAAUUUUAUUCGUUGUGAUCACAACGUUGGUGACUGUGAUGACACCCUUUAGAGGAGCUGAUUCACCUCAGUGUAGACCUAUAUAUAUGUAUCCUUCCUAUGCAAGUAUCGAUGGGUUUGACGAGAGGUAUAACAGGUUGGCCAAGAAAUACCAUCUGUUCCUGUACAGGGAGCAAGGUAAGGAUAGGGUCCCGAUAGAUGGUAAUGAAAUCCAGCUAGAUGGUAUACCUGUUUUGUUUAUUCCUGGAAAUGCUGGUAGUUACAAGCAAGUUAGAUCUAUUGCAGCUGCUUGCAGUAAUUUGUAUUUUGAAGGACUGGAUACUAUUGAUAAUAAAGACGUCAAGAAUUUAGAUUUCUUCUCUGCUGACUUUAAUGAGGACUUUACUGCCCUGCAUGGUAGAACCAUGUUGGAUCAAGCUGAAUAUUUGAAUGAUGCUAUUCGUUAUAUUCUAUCCCUGUAUGAACAGGCUCAGGGUUAUUCUGGUCCUAAGCCAGAGUCAGUGGUAAUAGUGGGACAUUCUAUGGGUGGUAUCGUUGCAAGAGUAAUGCCAACUUUGCAGAAUUACAUCGAAGGUUCAAUUAACACAGUAUUCACUUUAUCAUCACCUCAUGCUGCAGCUCCUGUGACGUUCGAUGGUGAUAUUCUGAAAGUUUAUCAAAGAACUAACGAUUUUUGGAAAUCUCAAUUCGAAGACAAUGGUUCAAACUUUUCCAAAAAUGUUUCUUUGAUAUCUAUCACUGGCUCUAUUCUUGACACUGUUUUACCUUCUGACUAUACAACCGUUGAGGACUUUCUGCCAGAAGGAAAUGGUUUCACUACUUAUACAACAACUAUACCUGGAGUUUGGUCACCAAUAGAUCAUUUGGCUAUUGUAUGGUGUGAUCAGUUGAGAAGAGUCAUGGCCAGGAUUUUACUAGAAAUAACUGAUGUCAAUUCUCCAACAAAGGUCAAGUCAUUGCAAGAACGAAUGUAUAUAUCUAGAAAAUAUUUAUUAUCUGGCUUAGAAAAUCAGCGUAAUGCUUUGCAGAAUUUAGAGAGGGCCUCAGUUGAUUUUAAGAAAUUUGAGGAGUCAGAACUAAGAAAUGCAAUCAAACCGUCGAGUGGUAACUCAAUUGAGCUUAGAGGUCCAGAAGCUAUUGCAACAACAAAUUAUAUCCUGUUUGAAAAACCUUCUGAGGGAGAAACUUCCAAGUUUUUUUCUAUGAUAUCAACUAUCGAAGAUCUGGAAUUAUACAUGUGUAAGGAAUCCACCCCAGAAACUGAUGAAGAUUCCAAGAAAUAUUUGAAUUGUAUGAAAGCUACAGAACUUUUAGUUCGUGCACCAACUGAAUAUACAGAUCCAGAUUCUGAAGAAAAUGUUAAUGAAUAUAGAAUCUUUAAGUGGAACUUCUCUAAGAAUUCUGAGUUUACUAAGGUCCUGAUAGUAUUACCAACGAGAGACUUGGAUUCAAGAGAAUUUAUUUCUGCUAAGGUUCAACAGAAACCAGUUAUGAGUUAUGACUCCCCAUCGUUAUUGAAAUCAUUAUUCUAUUCUGCUAGUUUCGGCUCUAAAAUGGAUUCCAAUUCAUAUAUAAUCAAUUUUCCAUUAUGGGAUUCAUUAGUAUCCUAUAGAAUUAGAGCAAAAUUGGUUUCUGGUAAUCAUGAAAAUAUUCUUUUUAAGCCAUUUAUUCGACAAUGGAUUGAAGAACCGUAUGAAACAAAGUGGCACGCAGAGAUAUUUGACCAUGAUGUUGAUAUAUCUAUGCAUAGUAUUGCACCAUUUGUUCCAUACCAGGAAACACAUCCAAGAUCAUUGAACUUAGAAGUGUUUGUCCCACCUAAUACAGAAUUAAUUUUUGCGAUGAGGAUAAACUGGUUAAUGACUCUUAAAAGAUUGUUUUUGAGAUAUAGAUUAGCAGUAGGUUCUUUUCCUGUAUUCAUUUUAGCAUUGUCAAUGGCUUACCAGUUUUAUUGGUAUAACAAAACUUCCACUUACAUGGAUCUAAAGACUGCUACAGGCCAUUUGAUCCAAAAAUUCGGAUUACCAAUAAUACUGUUCCUAAUUGUAUUGAAUCCUAUCUGUAAUAAUAGGUAUUUUCAAAUGUUAUUAUAUGCUAUUGAUCCGAUUGGAUUGAACAGUCCAACUUUAGUAUAUGGUAAUCAUAUUGAUAAUAAUCCAUACUAUUUGGGAUUAAGAUCGGUCUCACUUUCAAUAUUAGGUCCAUUUUUUUUCAUAAUGACUGUUGGUGUCCUGACCUUACUAUUUGACAUUUUCGGUACAAUAGAAAAGUUAUUGAAAUUGAUUAGGAAUACGAUUUUAAAGAAUUAUCUUACUUCUAAAAUAUCAGCAAAACCAUUGAAAUUUGAUAGGAAGAGGUUUACCACUUCUUUCUUCCUGCUGAUUUUGACGUUAUUCUAUAUCCCUUAUCAAUUAACAUUUGUUAUCAUAUUUAUUAUACAAAUUGCAACAUGGGUUCGUUCUAUUCUAUUUAUUCCAGAUACAGUUGUAGGUGUUUCUAAUAUCCGUAACUACAAUUUAAGUUUGCUAUUCGUAUUUAUUUUUGUCACCAUGAUUAAUGCCCCAGUUGUAGUUGUAUUCAUGCAUAAUGUAGCAAUUAGAUGGGAAACUCCAUUCAGAUCACAUCAUAAUAUUAUGGCAAUAAUACCUAUGAUACUUCUAGUUGGUUUAAACUCUACAUUUAAUAUUCCAAAAUUCAAAAGUAAUCGUAUUUAUGAUGGUGGAGCAGUGGUUGGUCUAUUGCUGUAUCUGAGUCUUUUCAGUUUAAUUUAUGGUAUCAGAAAUAUGUAUUGGAUACAUUAUAUUGUAAAUUUUAUCUGUGCAUGGCUUUAUUUUGGAUCACUACAUUCUAUUUAA